AUGGCCCCUCACGCCGAUGUCGGAGCAGGCACCAUGAACGGGUUUAGUAUCACGAACGGCACACUGACGCCCCCAGAGUUCAUUCACAACCAGAAGGAGACAUUCAUCGUCAACUCUCCCGAUGUUCAGUACUCUGCCGACCAAAUUAGGAGCAAAUAUGUCUACCGGACCACCACUGUGACCAAAUCUGGCGACUACUACGUUGCCGCUCCCAAGGAGACAACGUAUGACUUCAAGGUCGAUCGAAAGGUCGGCAAGACGGGUCUGAUGCUUGUCGGUCUCGGCGGAAACAAUGGGACUACAGUCACUGGCGGCAUUCUGGCAAACCGACGCAAUCUGACUUUCGAGACCAAGGAGGGCCCGAGACCCUCGAACUACUAUGGGUCACUGGUCAUGAGCUCAACGAUGAAACUCGGCACCGACGCCAUCUCGAAUGAGGAGGUCAACAUUCCUUUCCAUGAUGUACUACCCAUGGUACACCCGAACGAUCUGGUCAUCGGUGGUUGGGACAUCUCGAGCAUGAACCUGGCAGAUGCCAUGGAUCGUGCUUCCGUGCUCGAACCGGAUCUUAAGCGACAACUCCGCAAAGAGAUGGCUUUGAUGACGCCUCUGAAAAGCAUCUACUAUCCCGACUUCAUUGCCGCUAAUCAGGAGGACCGCGCCGAUCACAUUCUUGAAGGUUCGAAAGCCUGCAUGGCCCACGUUGAGCAGCUCAGAACUGACAUUCGUGAUUUCAAACGCAACAACAACUUGGAUAAAGUCAUCGUCCUCUGGUCCGCCAACACGGAGAGAUUCGCUGAGAUCAUCCCCGGCGUCAACGAUACUGCCGACAAUCUACUUAAGGCAAUCGAGCAAGGUCACGAGGAGGUAUCACCAUCCACAGUCUUUGCUGUCGCCUGUAUCCUCGAGAAGACCCCGUUUAUCAACGGCUCUCCUCAGAACACAUUCGUACCCGGCGCUGUACAGCUUGCCGAGCAGCACAACGCUUUCAUUGGAGGGGAUGACUUCAAGUCUGGCCAGACCAAGAUGAAGUCUGCUCUCGUCGAGUUCUUGAUCAAUGCAGGCAUCAAGCUCACCUCCAUUGCUAGCUACAACCACUUGGGCAAUAAUGACGGCAAGAAUUUGAGCUCUCAAAAGCAGUUCCGAUCGAAGGAGAUCAGCAAGUCCAAUGUUGUUGAUGACAUGGUCGCCGCGAAUUCUGUGCUCUAUAAGAAAGGUGAGCAUCCGGACCAUACUGUCGUCAUCAAGUACAUGCCUGCUGUUGGUGACAACAAGCGUGCUCUUGACGAGUACUACGCCGAGAUCUUCAUGGGCGGCCACCAGACGAUCAGUCUGUUCAACGUUUGCGAGGAUUCGUUGCUGGCCUCGCCACUCAUCAUUGAUCUCGUCAUCCUUGCCGAGAUGUUCACUCGCAUUCAGUGGAAGAACAACACCGAGCCGGAAUACAAGAAUUUCCACUCUGUCUUGAGCGUUCUCAGCUACAUGCUGAAGGCCCCCAUGACGCCUCCCGGCACACCUGUCGUCAACGCGCUGGCCAAACAGCGCAAUGCUCUCACCAACAUCUUCCGUGCUUGUGUCGGCCUUCAGCCCGAGUCCGAUAUGACACUCGAGCACAAGCUCUUUCCCGAGGCGAAGAGCAAGAAGCUUGUUCAGUGA